AGGGUGUACUUGAAGUGUUGUCGCUAGUAGAGUUAGCCUAAACGUUCAGUGUGACUCUCACCAAAGGCCGCAGCUGAAACCUGCUCCCGUUCUCUGACACUUUAUAGCGCACUAAAAUGUUGGGCACAGUUGGCCGACAGCUGAAAAGCCACCCGGCUCUGAUCCCCCUCCUCGUCUUCAUCGGAGGCGGCUGUACGAUGUCUCUGACUUACCUGGCAAGACUGGCUCUGCGUAACCCAGACGUCUGCUGGGACAAAGCAAACAACCCCGAACCCUGGAACAAACUGGCGCCCAACCAGCAGUACAAGUUUUUCGCCGUGAACACGGACUACAGCAAGCUGAAGAAGGAUCGGCCUGACUUCUAAACCCAUCCGACCUGGAGGAGCCUCCCCCUGCAUACUGCUGGACCAAGGGCUUGAGAAAAAUGACAAACAAGCAAUCUGCCCAUUUUCCCCCUCCAGCUUCUUCCAACCCUACAUGAGAAAAUGGAAUAAACCGCACAAUGGUGUCUGUAGUCAUUUGCUAAGACCUUUUUUAUAAAUUAUUUGAACAAAAUUUUCCUUGUCAGCAACACAAUAAAGGAGGUUUUAUCUCCCUUGUACAGAGAA